AUGAAUGUCAACAUGGCGACUGUGAAAAUAUUCAGUGCAGGCUCCAGCUUUCAGAGUUUUCUUGUUUGUGGCUCACGCCCUUUCCUCUGUGCAAGUCAGCAAAGAACACAUUUCAAGAAUGUCGGGAGAAAAGAGGAAUCCAUUAAGUGGACACCUAUCAUGGACAAUUCUGCUACGACUGUCUUUUGGAAUGACAUGUUCAAAGGUUUUGGUAUUGGCCUGGGGAUGAUGCUAAAAGAGCCAGCCACAAUCAACUAUCCGUUUGAGAAGGGGCCUCUGAGUCCCCGUUUUCGUGGAGAGCAUGCUCUACGCCGCUACCCUUCUGGAGAAGAGAGGUGCAUUGCUUGCAAGCUGUGUGAGGCCAUUUGUCCAGCUCAGGCUAUAACUAUUGAAGCAGAACCACGAGCAGACGGCAGCCGCAGGACGACACGUUACGAUAUUGACAUGACAAAAUGUAUCUACUGUGGAUUCUGCCAGGAGGCGUGCCCCGUGGAUGCUAUUGUGGAGGGCCCCAACUUUGAGUACUCGACAGAAAGCAGGGAAGAGCUUCUCUAUAACAAGGAGAAACUUCUGUGUAACGGCGACAAAUGGGAGCCAGAGAUUGCGGCCAAUUUACAAGCAGACUAUUUGUACAGAUAA